AUGGCUACGAGGGAAAUGCAGAGGGAAAUGGCUACGAGGGACAAGUUAUUCAAACUAGCACGGCCUAAAUUCGAUGGUUUCGCUGACAGGCAGAGUUCUCAUGAAUCAUUCUGGGGUGAUCCUGCAAUGGCGGUGGAGAUCUGUAGUGAUCGGAGGCCUUGCCGUGCCUUAGUCACCCUUUAUGCUGAGAUUGGCCUGCAUCGUUACAAUCUCUUGCAUCGAACCAACUUCAAGUUCCUUCGGGUCGAGAAAUACAAUUACUUCAUCCCUCUGCCUAUUACAACAUACUUCAUCACUUUCCUUGCCAUUGAUCCAGCAGCUUCCUCUCACCCUCAAACGUUUCAGACCAAAGUUGGUGAAUACGUUAAGACCACAUUUGCUUUGUCCGUCUAUAUUGCUAGACGUCUAGGUGAUGAUCUUGAAGAACAGACCUACCAACUUGCCUUGCCUAAGUGGCCGCCAGAGAACCAAUUUUACAUGCCGGAUGCAUCAGAGCUGCAACGCUAUGACUUGCAGUUGCUAUGA